AUGCUGUCCUGCCGCCUCCAGUGCGCGCUGGCCGCGCUCUCCAUCGUCCUGGCUCUGGGCGGUGUCACUGGCGCGCCCUCGGAUCCCCGACUCCGUCAGUUUCUGCAGAAGUCCCUGGCUGCUGCCGCUGGGAAGCAGGAACUGGCCAAGUACUUCUUGGCGGAGCUGCUCUCUGAACCCAACCAGACAGAGAACGAUGCCCUGGAGCCUGAAGAUUUGUCCCAGGCUGCUGAGCAGGAUGAAAUGAGGCUGGAGCUGCAGAGAUCAGCUAACUCAAACCCGGCCAUGGCACCCCGAGAACGCAAAGCUGGCUGCAAGAAUUUCUUCUGGAAGACUUUCACAUCCUGUUAG